AUGACUGAAGUCUUCAACUCGACUGUUUUCCAAACCGUUCAAUCGUCCUCCUUCUCCGACGUGGUGAACAACGUCUUCCAAAGCCAACCCCAAUUAAACAUUGCUGAGAAACUGUGGGCUUCUUGGUACACAUAUAUGCAAAAUGACGUUUUGGCGACAGGCCUCUUGUUCUUCCUCACACACGAACUCUUCUAUUUCGGUAGAUGUCUCCCUUGGUACAUUAUUGACAAGAUCCCAUACUUUAGAAAGUGGAAGAUCCAGCCUACAUACAUCCCCUCCGAUAAAGAACAGUGGGAAUGCCUCAAAUCGGUCUUGAAGUCGCAUUUCCUAGUGGAGGUGUUUCCCAUCUGGACGUUCCACCCCCUCUGCAAGUCUCUUGGCAUUGGUGUCUCUGUCCCCUUCCCACCACUGUCGACAAUGCUGAAAGAGUGGGCAAUCUUCUUUGUCCUUGAAGAUAUGUGGCACUACUGGGCACACAGGCUCUUCCAUUACGGCCCUUUCUACAAGUACAUCCACAAGCAACAUCAUAGAUAUGCAGCUCCAUUUGGUCUCACCGCAGAAUAUGCCCACCCAGCUGAAGUCAUCAGUCUCGGUGCCGGCACAGUUGGCUUCCCUAUUGUCUACGCGUACUUGACCGGUAAUUUGCAUCUGUUCACAUUGACCGUUUGGAUCGUCUUGAGGUUGUUCCAAGCGGUCGAUUCCCAUUCAGGUUAUGACUUCCCUUGGUCUCUACACAACUUUGUCCCAUUCUGGGCAGGCGCAGAACACCAUGACUUGCACCACCAUUACUUCAUUGGAAAUUACGCAUCUUCCUUCAGAUUCUGGGACUUUUGGCUCGAUACUGAAGCAGGUCCAGUCGCAAAGGCAGAAAGAGAAGCAAGAAUUAAGGCCAAGGCAGAAAGAGAUGCAAAGAAAGCACAGUAG